AUGCUGUCAAAGAUGAUGAAAGAACAACCGAAGUCUCUUAACAUAAAAAAAAAAAAUACCAAAGAAACCAAAGUUGACAGCAAUUCAUUUUCUAAUGGAGAACAGACGAGUAAGGAUGAAAAACGUGUAAAAUCUAACCUGAAACCGUCCACCACAGCAGUACAUGGUACUUCAAUUACAAACUGGGAAAAAUUCAAAGGAUUAUUAAAAGACCCGGUCAAUGAGCACAAGAAAACCAAAGCCACUUUCACUCAUUCAAAACCUCCUCAAAGGCCUAAACGAAAUUGGACAAAAAUAAAAUCCAGCAUCUCCGCGCCAUCGACCCAUAACUCCAUUGAUGAGGCAAAAGAGAACGAUACGAUGGAAAAGAAGCGUAAUUUAUUAACGAAGCAGGUUGCGAUGGAUUGUGAGAUGGUCGGUAUUGGCGACGGAACCGAAAGUAUGCUGGCCCGUGUUUCAAUAGUAAACAAAUACGGGGACUGCAUCUACGACAAGUACGUCAAGCCACGAGAGAAGGUUCUAGACUACAGGACAGCAGUGAGUGGGAUCCGCCCUCACCAUCUUCACAACGGUGAAGACUUUGAUAAAGUGCAAAAGGAAGUUGCUGAAAUAUUAGAUGGACGAAUUCUAAUAGGUCACGCAUUAAAGCACGAUACCAGCGUACUUUUUUUGUCCCAUCCCAGGAGGCUUAUCAGGGACACAUCUAGGUAUAAACCAUUCAGAAGGGUAUCAAAAGGUAACACUCCAAGUUUGAAAAAAUUAGCUGCUGAAUUACUUGGUAUCGAGAUUCAAAGUGGAGAGCAUAACUCUGUAGUGGAUGCAAGAACUGCUAUGCAGUUAUACAUGUUAUACAAAAGUCAGUGGGAGAUGGAUAUAAGGACUCAACGAUGAGAUUCUAUUUUUUUUCCUUGUUAAUCUUGUAAAUAUUGCUCUAGGAUUCUUUUCCAGGUGCAUAAUUGUUGAUUGAGAAAUGUGAAGAAAUAUUCAAGUAUAUGAUGUAUUUUUGUAAUGGAAUUGAGUGAUUUUUUAAAAAAGAAUUAGUUUAUGAUAUUGAUCAAUGUGUUCAUCUAGCUGUAAAAUUGGGUUCUCGGAUGUAAAUUUUUUUUUUUUUUUCUCUAUCUGCCGUCUAGAAAAGUUAACAAUUUGAUUGAGAAUUUUUUGAUCGCAGAAAUGCUGAUGAUCAGUCAAAAUGUGUAAAUAAGAAUUUAGUUUUGGUAUUACAAUCUAUGCUCUAUGAUGUUAUUGUUACCUACUUUUGGGGCAUCCAAGUUGAUUAUUGAAAGACAAAAAAAAUAUUAUCCCUUGACUUGUAUUAAAUACAAACAUUAAUAAAAUGAAAUUAUUUGUAA